AGGAAUUUAUUAUUAGCAUAAAGCUCCUUAUCUUGAUUUCCAUGAUCAAUGUUCUAAUUGUGAAAUUUUGAUAAGAGAUGACAAAAUAAGUUCAAUCCAUUUGGAUUGACCCAUUUGAUAUGCUAAACAAAGCAAGAUAAGUUUAAAUUUCUAACCAAUUAUUAAAAUAGGUUCAACUUAUAUAUUUGGUAGGUUAAGUGUGAGUUAUGUUGGAUCAAUCUAUCGAGUCAAUUUUUCUUUUGAUUUUUUUUUCCUUGUAUUCGUUGUAACUCAUCCAAACUUACUUGUCAAGGAGGAGAGUUGUUUUGUUCUUUUUGGUUUUUCUUUUUACAUUUUGUAGUUACUUUGUUUCCUUUCAUUUUUCUUUCAUGAGUUUUAAGAGGUUGAUCUAAAUGGGAAAGAAGAACGAUUGAGGUGUGAUUUUGAUGUGAAUGUGGGUUGAUUAUUGUGGGAGAAAAAUUGAUGGCAGAAAAAGUAACAAUUUUAUAUUGAUUGUUUCAUAAUUGAUGUAGUGUAGAAAGAUAUUUUCUAUGUUGGUUAUAAAACAAUUGAUGUAAAAAAAGAGAAUACAUUUUACAUAGACAAGAUUUACAUAUUGGUUGUAGAAUUGAUGUAAAAAAUACAUUUUAACUUAUGAAAAAUACCUCCCCACCAUUGGUGAAUUUAAAAAUAUGUGCAAAGACUUUUUUAUUUCUUGGGGACCGGUGCCAAGACUUGAAAUUGCUAGUCUAUGCAAAACAUUCAUGUAAAGACAAAUUAAUCUUGCAUUUCUUGUACUUUGCCAAAAUAACACAUCAUAUUUUUUGGUGGCCUUAAAUAAUUUGAUUACACAAUUAUAUAAUUAUUGAUUUUUUUAUUAUGAAUUCUAUAUUUUUUCCAUGAAGAAUGGUAAGUUUAAAUUGCUUAUCACCUGAGUCUAAUAAAGGAAAUUAAAAUAUAUAAACCUCGUACAUGGAGUCUUCAUUUUUUAAUUUUAAAAAUAAUUUUUUUAAAGAGAAAAUUUCCUUAAUUUUUUGUCUUCGAUGAGUGAACGAGAAUAAACAACUUUGUCAUUUAGCCAUACUAUCAGCUAUAUAAAUCCUGCCGCAGGCUCCAUCUUUCAAACUUCACAAUUUAAGAGAAAACUAGUAACCGAUCUUUGUUUUACUCUUAGUCAUUUCAUAAUGAGUUGUUAUUUUCUGAAACUAUUUUAUGCACUUUUGCUGCUUUUAUUGCAUGCUGCAGGAUCCAUUCUUGGAUUCAACAGCCUUCCCAAUAGCGCAGAAAUUAAGUGCAUUGAGAGUGAGAGACAAGCACUCCUCAACUUCAAACAUGGCCUCAUAGAUCCCUAUGGCAUUCUCUCUACAUGGAGUGACGAUCACACUAACAGAGACUGUUGCAAAUGGAAAGCCAUUCGAUGCAAUAAUCAAACUGGUCAUGUUGAGACGCUUGAUCUCGGUGGUCAAUAUUUGAGUGGUGCAAUCAAUAUCUCUUCAUUGAUUGCCCUUGAAAAUAUUGAACACUUGGAUCUCAGCUAUAAUGAUUUUGAAGGGAGUCAUAUCCCAGAAAUCAUGGGCUCGUUCACCAACUUGAGAUAUCUCAAUCUCUCUUAUUGUGCAUUUGUUGGGAGUAUUCCUUCUGAUAUUGGAAAGCUUACACAUUUACUGUCUCUUGAUCUAGGUAACAAUUUUUAUCUCCAUGGAAAAAUCCCUUAUCAACUUGGAAACCUUACACAUUUACAAUAUCUUGAUCUAAGUUAUAAUUAUCUGGAUGGGGAACUCCCUUAUCAACUUGGAAAUCUCUCACAGUUGAGGUAUCUUGAUCUUGCGGGGGGGAAUUCAUUCUCGGGAGCACUCCCUAUCCAGAUUGGGAAUCUUUGUUUGUUGCACACUCUUGGACUUGGUGGCAAUUUUGAUGUGAAAUCUAAGGAUGCAGAGUGGUUGACUAAUCUUUCUUCCUUGACAAAACUUAGGCUAAGUUCACUACACAACCUUUCCUCUUCUCAUCACUGGCUACAAAUGAUCAGCAAGCUUAUUCCAAACUUAAGAGAGUUGUGGUUAUUUGAUUGUUCUCUUUCAGAUACAAAUAUUCAAUCUCUGUUUUAUUCACCUUCCAACUUUUCCACUGCUCUUACCAUCCUUAAUCUUUCUUUAAAUAAGCUCACAUCCUCAACAUUUCAACUGUUGUCAAACUUUAGUCUUAAUCUUCAGGAGCUUUAUCUUGGUCAUAAUAACAUUGUUUUGUCAUCUCCUCUCUGCCCAAACUUUCCUUCUCUUGUGAUCCUUGACCUUUCCUAUAAUAAUCUGACAUCAUCAGUCUUUAAAGGUAGUUUCAACUUCAGCUCAAAACUUCAAAAUCUUUAUUUGUAUAAUUGUAGUCUUACCGAUGGAAGUUUUCUUAUGUCAUCUUCCUUCAUUAUGAGUUCUUCAUCUUCUCUUGUUUCCCUUGAUCUCUCCUCAAAUCUGUUGAAAUCAUCAAUUAUAUUUUACUGGCUCUUUAACUCCACCACCAAUCUUCAUAACCUUUUCAUCUAUUAUAACAUGUUAGAAGGUCCCAUUCCAGAUGGAUUUGGGAAAGUAAUGAACUCUCUUGAAGUUCUUUACCUCUCCGGUAACAAACUGCAAGGCGAGAUUCCAUCUUUCUUUGGUAACAUGUGCACAUUGCAGAUGUUAGACCUCUCAAAUAACAAGUUGAAUGGGGAAAUUUCUAGCUUCUUCCAAAAUUCUUCAUGGUGCAGCAGAGACAUAUUUAAGGAGUUGGAUUUAUCUUAUAACCGGUUGACUGGCAUGCUACCUAAAAGCAUUGGAUUGCUAUCAGAGUUGGAGUAUCUUAACUUGGCUGGGAAUUCUUUGGAGGGUGACGCCACUGAUUCGCAUCUUUCUAAUUUUUCCAAAUUAAUAUCCUUGUACUUAUCAGAGAACUCGUUGUCUCUGAAAUUUGUCCCGAGUUGGGUUCCCUCAUUCCAAUUAGAAUACUUGGGAAUCAGAUCUUGCGAGUUGGGCCCCACUUUUCCUAGUUGGCUCAAGACUCAACUUUUCAUAACUUUUCUGGAUAUUUCUGAUAGUGGGCUUAAUGGUUCAGUACCAGAAUGGUUUUGGAAGAACUUGCAAAAUGUGCAAAAAUUGAAUAUGUCACACAACAAUCUCACAGGUUCAAUUCCGAAUUUGCCACUAAAGCUUCUUAAUAGACCAUCUAUAAUUUUGAAUUCAAAUCAAUUUAUGGGCAAAGUUCCGUCAUUUUUGCUACAAGCUUCGAAGCUAAAGCUCAGUCAUAAUAAACUUUCGGGUUUGUCUUCAUUUUUGUGUGACCAAAGUGCAGCUGGAAACUUGGGCCUUUUAGAUUUAUCAAACAAUCAGAUAAAGGAACAAAUUCCAGAUUGUUGGAAGCGUGUAGAUACACUACUGGUUCUUGAUUUAAGCCACAAUAAAUUGUCUGGGAAGAUUCCCAUUUCCUUGAGCACCCUUGUUAAAUUGAAAGCAUUGGUUUUAGGCUACAAUGAUUUAAUGGGUGGAUUGCCUUCUACUUUGAAGAAUUGCAGCAAUUUAAUUAUGCUUGAUGUGGGUGAAAAUAUGUUAUCCGGUCCAAUACCAUCAUGGAUCGGAGAAAGUAUGCACCAACUGAUAAUCUUGAACAUGAGAGGGAAUAACUUCUCUGGAAAUCUUCCCAAUCAUCUUUGCUAUUUGAAGCACAUUCAAUUGCUGGAUCUUUCACGGAAUAAGUUAUCCAAAGGAAUUCCAACGUGCUUAAAGAAUUUUACUGCAUUGUCUGAAAAAAGCAUCAACAGAAGUGAUACUAUGUAUCGUGUAUAUUGGUACAAUCGUACUUACUACGAAGUUUACAGUAGUCUCAGUUUGGGUGAUUAUACGUUUGACGUAACAUGGAUGUGGAAAGGUGUGGAACAUGGGUUCAGAAAUCCAGAAUUGUUUCUCAAGAGCAUUGAUCUUUCAAGUAAUAAUUUAACAGGUGAAAUACCAAAAGAGGUUGGAUAUUUGCUUGGGUUAGUUUCUUUGAAUUUAUCAAGAAACAAUCUGAGUGGAGAAAUUCCUCCAGAGAUUGGAAAUUUAAGUUCGCUAGAUUCCCUUGACUUAUCAAGAAAUCAUUUCAUUGGGCAAAUUCCUUCUUCUCUUUCAGAAAUUGAUGGUCUAGGCAAAUUAGACUUGUCAGACAAUUCUCUUUCCGGAAGAAUCCCAUCAGGAAGACAUUUCGAGACCUUUGAUGCCUCUAGUUUUGAAGGAAAUGUUGAUCUUUGUGGUGAACAACUUAACAAAACUUGUCCUGGAGAAGGGGAACAGACAACAGCAAAGCCUCAAGAAUCAGCAGUCAACGGUGAUGGUUCGGUUUUCUAUGAAGCAUUAUACAUGAGCUUGGGGAUUGGAUACUUCAUUGGAUUUUGGGGCUUCUUAGGACCAAUACUACUUUGGCGUCCUUGGAGAAAUGCUUACAUGAGGUUCCUGAACAGAUUGACAGGCUACAUAUAUGUAUGGUUGUUGUAAAUGUGGCAAAGUGUUGCUGGUGGCUCGAAGGCAAAAAGAUGUGCUGCACGCUUCGGGUCAGAGAAGAAAUCAUUGUUGGAAGCUACAAGUGCGAGAUAUUUCUUUAGUAUAGGAGUUUACAAUGUUUGGUAUUUAAGUAAUGAACUGCAAAAUCUUGUUUCCAGAAACUUAGUAUGAUAUUGUUGUAUUUUAUUGUAUAAUAUAUUUGUAAUGCUGUUUGUUUUUCAUUAUUGUGCUUAGAUCUGUGAUAUCUAGAAUUUGACAACUUAAUAUUUCAUCUUCAACAAUGCUUUCUACUAUAUUCUCCUAGUGCAGCUAUACUUAACUGUGAAUCAAA